ACCCCCGUUGACUUGCGGGGAGGUGGUGGGUGCUAGUGACGUCAUGUCAUCUACCCUGCCGCGCGCUUCCGUGUGACGUCACGAGAUCCCAGGAGCUGCUUCUGUGCGCGCAACUCUCUAGGAUUGGAGAAUCAAUCACAUGGAGAAGAGAGGCUCGGCAAAGCCUGGAAGUGAAAGGCACCAAUGCAUCCAGUGUCCAUACAGCACAGAUCGGAUGGAUAACUUGAAGAGACAUCAGAGAAAACAUUCAGAUGAGAAUGCUUUCAAGUGCACUAUGUGUGGGAAGGAGUUUAUAUUAUCAAGAAACCUAAAGAGGCAUGAGAAGAUCCACAAGAAGAAAGUGAAAUCGACUUGUGAAAGUCAACAUGCUGCAAUGACCCCCAAACGGAGAUCAGAAGAAAAUUCUAACUUGGCAACACGGCCAGGAGUGACAGUAAAAUGUGAAGAAGUGAAAUGUGAAGAAGUGACGGUGAAAUAUGAAGAUCAAGAUUCGACUCCAGGAGCCACUCUACAAGUGCAUGGAGGCAGCGUGAAGCAGGAGGAACAUUCCGAUUCUGAGGGAGACCGAAUCAAUCACAUGAAGAAGAGAGGCUCGGCAAAGGCUGGAAGUAAAAGUCACCAAUGCAUCCAGUGUCCAUACAGCACAGAUCAGAUGGGUAACUUGAAGAGACAUCAGAGAAAACACACUGGCGAGAAGCCCUUCAAGUGCAGUGUAUGUGGUAAGGCAUUUGCAGAGUCAACAUAUCUUAAGAAACAUAAUAGAACACACACGGGCGAGAAGCCCUUCAAGUGCACUGUGUGUGGCAAGGCAUUUGCUCGUUCAGAAACGCUUCAUAUUCAUCAGAGAACACACACCGGUGAGAAGCCCUUCAAGUGCACUGUGUGUGAGAAAGCAUUUGCUCAUUCAGACGUUCUUCUUGUUCAUCAGCGAACACACACCGGUGAGAAGCCCUUCAAGUGCACUGUGUGUGGAAAGGCGUUUGCUCAACCAUUAACUCUUCAUAUUCAUCAGAGAACACACACCGGUGAGAAGCCCUUCAAGUGCAAUGUGUGUGGGAAGUCAUUUGCUCAAUCAAAAACUCUUAAAAUUCAUCAGAGAACUCACACUGGCGAGAAGCCCUUCAAGUGCAGUGUAUGUGGUAAGGCAUUUGCAGAGUCAACAUAUCUUAGGAAACAUAAUAGAACACACACGGGCGAGAAGCCCGUCAAGUGCACUGUGUGUGACAAGGCAUUUUCUCGUUCAGAAACGCUUCAUAUUCAUCAGAGAACCCACACCGGUGAGAAGCCCUUCAAGUGCACUGUGUGUGGGAAAGCAUUUGCUCAUUCAGACAUUCUUCAUAUUCAUCAGCGAACACACACCGGUGAGAAGCCCUUCACGUGCACUGUGUGUGGAAAGGCAUUUGCUCAACCAUUAACUCUUCAUAUUCAUCAGAGAACACACACCGGUGAGAAGCCCUUCAAGUGCAAUGUGUGUGGGAAGUCAUUUGCUCAAUCAAAAACUCUUAAAAUUCAUCAGAGAACUCACACUGGUGAGAAGCCCUUCAAGUGCAGUGUAUGUGAUAAGGCAUUUGCAGAGUCAUCACAUCUUAAGAAACAUAAUAGAACACACACGGGCGAGAAGCCCUUCAAAUGCACUGUGUGUGGCAAGACAUUUGCUCGUUCAGAAACUCUUCAUAUUCAUCAGAGAACACAUACCGGUGAGAAGCCCUUCAAGUGCACUGUGUGUGGGAAGUCAUUUCCUCAUUCAAAAACUCUUAAAAUUCAUCAGAGAACACACACAGGCGAGAAGCCCUUCAAGUGCAGUGUAUGUGGUAAGGCAUUUGCAGAGUCAGCAUAUCUUAAGAAACAUAAUAGAACACACACGGUCGAGAAGGCCUUCAAGUGCACUGUGUAUGGGAAGGCAUCUGCUUGUUCAGAAACUCUUCAUCAAAGUACACACACAGGUGAAAAGCCUUUCAAGUGCAGUGUAUGUGGUAAGGCUUUUGCAGAGUCAGAAAAUCUUCAGAAACAUAAUAGAACACACACAGUUGAGAAGCCCUUCAAGUGCAUUUUGUGUGGGAAGUCAUUUGCUCAAUCAAAUACUCUUAAAAUUCACCAGAGAACACACAUAGGUGAGAAUCCCUUCAAGUGCAGUGUAUGUGGUAAGGCAUUUACAGAGUUAGCACAUCUUAAGAAACAUAAUAGAACACACACCGGUGAGAAGCCUUUCAAGUGCACUGUGUGUGGGAAGGCAUUUGCUCAACCAUUAACUCUUCACAUUCAUCAGAGAACACACACUGGUGAAAAGCCCUUUAAGUGCAUUGUGUGUGGCAAGUCAUUUGCUCAUUCAAAAACUCUUAAAAUUCAUCAGAGAACACACACAGGUGAGAAGCCCUUCAAGUGCAGUUUAUGUGGUAAGGCAUUUACAGAGUUAGCACAUCUUAAGAAACAUAAUAGAACACACACGGGUGAGAAGCCCUUCAAGUGCACUGUGUGUGGCAAGACAUUUGCUCGUUCAGAAACUCUUCAUAUUCAUCAGAGAACACACACCGGUGAGAAGCCCUUCAAGUGCACUGUGUGUGGGAAGGCAUUUGCUCAACCAUUAACUCUUCACAUUCAUCAGAGAACACACACAGGUGAGAAGCCCUUUAAGUGCACUGUGUGUGGCAAGUCAUUUGCUCAUUCAAAAACUCUUAAAAUUCAUCAGAGAACACACAUAGGCGAGAAGCCCUUCACGUGCAGUGUAUGUGGUAAGGCAUUUGCAGAGUCAGCAUAUCUUAAGAAACAUAAUAGAACACACACAGGUGAGAAGCCCUUCAAGUGCACUGUGUGUGGAAAGGAGUUUACAUUAUCAGGAAAGCUAAAGAGGCAUGAGAAGAUCCACAAGGAGAAAGUGCAAUCUACUUGUGAAAGUCAGCAUGCUGCAAUGAGCCUGUCUCUCGUGAAACGAGAAUCAGAAGAAAAUUCCAACUUGGCAACACAGCCAGGAGUGACGGUGAAAUGUGAAGAAGUGACGGUGAAAUGUGAAGAGCAAGAUUCGACUCCAUUACCCAAUCUACAAGUGGAUGGAGGCAGCGUGAAGCAGGAGGAGCAUUCCGAUUCUGAGGGAGAGCGAGGCAAUCCCCAGCAGUUUGUGGAUGUGGAGGUGUGGGUGGAGUUUUUGGACAAAGCUGAGUAGGAGGGGCCAGCACGUGUGAAAUAGCACCUUGGAAGAUGUGUAACCAGAGGUUUGAGACAUUUUCAAAAGCAUUCGCCUUAUUCACAGGCUUCUGUCAUUUAAAAAAAUGCAUAUGGGUGUCGGUGUCAUCCAAUCAGAGAUGAGCUUUAUGUACAUAUGAAGUCAUUGAGUGUCAAAGUGAAAUACAGGCAGUCCCGUAGUUAGAAGGGUUGGGUUAUGGAAGGGUUGGGUUCCACAGAUCCACAACCCAAAUUUCCGUAUGUCAGAAACUGAACAGUUUUCUCCCAUAACAGAGAUAAAAUCCCAUUAGCCAGAAAGAGUUGUGCCUCCCCUACCCGAUUACUAGUUCGUUUUCUCUCAGUACUAUAUCGCAAUGUCAUCCGUUUUCUAACGCACCUGUAUCGUAUCUCUGUAUAUACGCUCUGCACCUCCUAUGGUUCUUUCAUUUAAUAGAAUAUUGACCUCAUCCGUAAUUUAAACUAAUGUAAAAUAUAUUGUAUCCAAUUGUUUAUACCACUAUACAUUGUUAUAUUUAUUUCUAUCAGAAAGCAGUCAUUCCGAAUGUUUGUUUACCGUGCAUUACACCAGGCCUAAACUUCUCCAAAAGCUGUUGGCUGAGACCAUAAAUAAUUGAAGUGUAAAAUUUGGAUUUAAAGCUUUCGUGACUGCAGGGAUUCAUAUUCUUGGUUCUUUCUGUAAAGUCAUGUAGAAGGGAAACAAUAAAAUAAUAAAAAUAUAAAACAA